AUGGAAUUCGACGAGAUAGUAAUCCAGUUGAAAGGGGAGUAUGACACUAUAAGAUUAUUUUCAGCAUGUAAAGCGAGAGCUGAAAUCCAAAUAAAAGAUUCGGGUGAUGAUAAUUCAAAUGAGAGACUUUUAGAGACCGAUUUUUCAUUGAUAGAAACCAAAUUAGAAGAUAUAUUAUCGAGGAUUACAGAAGACUCUCCUGAUUAUGCCAAAAAAUUGUCGAUGAUCACUUCAAUCCUUUACGAAAAGGCAAAAGUAUGCCUGACCAUGAAUCUACUUCCAGCAUCGAGAAACUAUUUAGAAAGAGCUUUGGAUAUCAUGCAAGGUUAUACUAACAAUCCGCAAAUAACUUUCAUUUACUUGAGAGUGGUGAACUAUCUUUCUUAUGUUUUAUCAAGAAUGGGAGAUUUCGAAACGGCAAAAAAUUUAUUAGAAAGGGUUGUUAACGAAGAAAUUAAAUGUGUCCCAAUAGUAUAUAGUACAGAAGAUUUAUUCGUGUAUUAUAAAUCAGACGAACAAUUGGCUAAAAUGAAAUUAGAGAAACUGAAAACAAAUAAUAUGCAGAUGUUAGGCUGGGUUUACGGUAAAUUGGGUUUGACGCAUCUUUACGCCGAAACCAUACAUAAUAGUCUACAGAAAGAACUCAACAUUAAUGAUAGUGACCCUAUUAAUUGGUCAAUCAGAUGUUAUAGAUUAGCCUCAUUGUUUAUUGUGAAAGGUAAAUGGGAGAACGCGAGAUAUCAUCUAACUGCCGCGCAAACUAUAUUAGAUCCUCUGGAGGUUAAUUUAAUUCCAAAUGAGACUUUAUUUAAAGCACAAGCGGAUUUAGCAAGAGUCUGGGUUAGUUACGGCAUUCAAUUAUUCGGACUAAGCAAGCGUUCAGUGCUAGAAAAAGUAUGGGACGAAAAUAGCGAAAUUAAUCGUCAAGAUAAAUUAAUAGACACUCACAAUUUUACAUUUGAAGGUAUGGACAUAACCGUUCCGGAUAUUCCCAUUAAAGAAAUCCGUAAUAUUCGAGAAGCUCGCGACUUAUUUACCCAUACACACAAAUGGUUGAAGCGAGCUCGUUUAUUUUACACUUUACGAGAAUAUCCUUUGCAGUACGUCAAUAUUAUCCUGGAAUUGAGCGAAUUGUACAAAUACCUCGCUUCGUACGAAAAGGAUAUCGACGCUCAGUAUGACGUACACAAAAAAAGAUUUGAAACUUUGGAAAUGUUGAGUUCGGUAGUGAGAGACGUACGACCUGGUUGUUACGCCACCGUGUGCAUGGAAAUUAUUAGAGAAAUCAUGGAUGUGCAAAUAGAAAUGAUGCAUUUAAAUCUGAAAAGAAUAUAUAAUCCGACUGAAGAUGCGCAAUUAACUGAUCAUCAAUUAAGGAAAAGAAUGGAUACGAUACAUGCUUUCACUGAAAGAAUUGAGAAAUUAUGUGAUAUUGAAAAUGUUAGGGAGGCGUUUUUAAUUAGAGAAAUUAACGAAGCACAGGAAGAAUCGUCUUUAUCUGAUAUAGAAAUUGGAGUAAGUAGAAGUAAGGAACCAGAAAGAAGGACUGACGAAAAACAUGUAAAUUCAACGAAAGCUGUCGGAAAAGGUGAAGAAAAACGAAAAAAGCGUGAAUAA